CCCCACUACAUAUCCGGUGCUCCAUCUGUCUGAGCUCCACCACAUCCGCACACACAUACACAUACACACAUAUCCGCACGGCAAGGCAAAACAAGCACGCAAAGCAAGAUAAGCAAGCACCAACACGAUGACGGUCGACGGCCUCUCCAACGAGGAAGACUGGCUAGUCCAGUUGGCGCGAAUGCAAGAGGCGCUUGCGGCGCACCCGGGCAACGACUCGCCGUCUGAGGCGGCGUACGGCGGCGAUCUUGAUCUGAGCGACGAAGACUUUUUAACGUCGGAGGAGUCGGAUGGGAUUUUCGACCACGACGAGGACGCCGAUGACAGCUACGGCUCGUACUCCGAGUAUGAAGAGGAGGGGGAGGAGGAGGGCGCGGCGUUCGACGCUAAGUGGCUCGCCCGGAAGUGUCGGCAGUACUGUGCGCGGAAGUUCGCGGGGCAGUCCGCCGAUGAGCUCGCAGAGAAUAUCCUCAAGGUUCUGAGAAGCGAUAGGAACGACGAUGCGCUGCAGAUGUCGCUUGCGGAUAUACUGGGCUAUGAGGAUGAGGAUCUGGUUAUGACCUCGGAGCUGAUCCAACACCGGGGCGAGAUUAUAUUUGAGGAGCCAGAAGCACUUGGUGGUGGCGAGGAUGCGAUUCUCCGGUUGAUGUCGAAAGAGCAGCGGGACGAAGCUCUGCGCCAGGCUGAUCUGGACCAUAAAUCCCGGCCGUUAGGACCGAAACUCGCCGGGAAGGAGGUCGAGUAUCCGCAUAUCUACCGCGCGUAUGCGGCUGGUGAUACGCUGAGUACGUUCGGAAAGAAGUAUUCGCUGCCCAAGGGGAGUCAGGAGAUCGUCGAGAAGGAUUAUACAGAGAUCAAGAUCCCGCCGACGAAGGUUGGCACUGUUGGAGUCAACGAGAAGUUGGUCGCAAUUAAGGAUAUGGAUCACCUCUGCCAGAAGACUUUCGUGGGAUACAAGUCACUCAAUCGAAUGCAGAGUCUAGUAUACCCUGUGGCGUACAGAACGAAUGAGAAUAUGCUUAUCUGUGCUCCUACUGGUGCUGGUAAAACGGAUGCAGCAUUGCUCACCAUGCUCCGGACGAUCGGUCUCAAUUGCGUCCCGAGACCUUGGGAGACGACGGAAGCCGAGAACUUCUUCUGCGAGAAGGACGACUUCAAGAUUGUUUACGUAGCACCCAUGAAAGCUCUGGCCGCCGAAAUCGUUGAGAAGAUGGGAAAGCGCCUGGCAUGGCUCGGGAUCCAGGUGCGGGAACUGACAGGUGAUAUGCAUCUGACCAAGGCCGAAAUCGUCAAGACACAGAUCAUCGUCACGACGCCCGAGAAGUGGGAUGUAGUCACACGGAAGUCGGUUGGCGAUACGGAAUUGGUGCAGAAGGUGCGACUGCUCAUUUUUGACGAGGUCCACAUGCUUCACGAUGAGCGUGGUGCCGUCAUCGAAUCCCUCGUGGCCCGUACGCAGCGCCAGGUGGAAUCCACCCAGUCCAUGAUUCGUAUCGUGGGUCUCUCCGCGACACUGCCGAAUUAUGUCGAUGUGGGCGAUUUCUUGAGGGUCAACCCGUACGCUGGACUUUUCUACUUUGAUGCGUCGUUCAGACCCGUGCCGCUGGCGCAGAAUUUCGUCGGUGUCAAGGGAAAGCCCGGGACUAGGACGUCGAACGACAACCUGGACAAGGCUGCCUACGAGAAGGUGAAGGAGAUGCUCCUGCGAAACCACCAGGUGAUGGUAUUCGUGCACUCGCGAAAAGAUACCAUGAAGACGGCCAAGAUGCUCUACCAGAUGGCGGUUGAUGACGACAAUGCCAGUCUCCUCGAUAACCAAAUGCAUCCCCGGUACCAAUCUGCUGCCAGAGAUAUGGAUCGAUCCAAGGGUCGGGAGCUCCGGGAUCUCUUCAAGAAGGGAUUCGGAAUCCAUCACGCUGGUAUGCUCAGGUCCGAUCGUAAUCUCAUCGAGCGGACGUUUGCCUCUGGUGCUAUAAAAGUCCUCUGCUGUACUGCUACCCUCGCUUGGGGUGUUAAUUUGCCCGCCACUGCAGUCGUCAUUAAAGGUACGCAGGUGUAUAAUGCCCAGAAGGGUGCAUUUAUGGAUCUCGGUAUUCUCGAUGUCCUCCAGAUCUUCGGUCGUGCCGGUCGACCGCAGUUCCAGGAAUUCGGAAUUGGAUAUAUCUGCACUACGCACGAUAAGCUGGCCCACUACCUCGCGGCCGUGACUCAGCAAAUUCCGAUCGAGUCCCGCCUGGUCGAAAGAAUAGUCGACAAUCUAAACGCCGAGAUCGCGCUGGGAACCGUCACUACGGUCACGGAGGCCGUGCAGUGGCUAGGAUACUCCUACCUCUUUGUCCGCUGGAAGAAGAAUCCCCUGCACUACGGUAUCGAUUGGUCGGAGCUAAUGGAUGAUCCCACUUUGGCCGGGAAGCGUCGGGAGUUGAUCUUGAGAGCUGCCCGCCGCCUCUCGCAAACGCAGAUGAUCGUCUUCGAUGAACGCACCGAGAACCUCAUGCCGAAGGAUAUCGGCCGCAUCGCGAGCAAUUUCUAUAUUCUUAAUAAUAGUAUAGAAAUCUUCAACGAUAUGAUGAAGCCUAACGCUACGGAGGCCGACGUGCUGGUUAUGAUCAGUUUGAGUGGAGAGUUUGACAAUAUUCAGAUACGAGACUCCGAUGGAAUGGAACUGGACAGACUAAAGAAUGAAGCCUGUCCCUGUCAGAUCCCGAAGGCGAAGGAGGAUGAGGGCAAGAAGAAGCCGAAGGUUAAGGAGACCGGGCCGGAGGAUACUAAGGGCAAGAAGGGGGCGAAGGAAGAUGACGGCAGGAAUAUCGUUACGUCCCAUGCAAAGGUCAAUAUCUUGCUGCAGGCGUAUAUCUCGAAGGCCAAUAUUGAGGACUUCGCUCUGGUCUCGGAUUCUGCAUAUGUGGCCCAGAAUGCGGGCAGGAUAUGUCGAGCAUUGUUCCAGAUUGCGAUGAACAGGCGUUGGGGGAAUCUCUGCCAGGUGCUGUUGUCGCUGAGCAAGUCGAUCGAGAAGAGGAUGUGGCCAUUCCAGCAUCCCCUGGCUCAGUUCCCGCUUCCUAGCCAUAUCAUCCAGAAGCUCGAAGAAAAAGACCUGUAUGUCGAGUCGCUGAAGGAGAUGGAGAUCGGAGAGAUCAGUGCCCUGGUAAACAAUCAGCGGAUGGGUCCAGAGGUAGCCAAGGCAAUGGAUCGCUUCCCUACCGUCAACAUCGAAGUCGAGAUAGCCCCUCUGAACCGCGACGUUCUAAGAAUAAAACUCUGGGUCACGCCCGAGUUCAAAUGGGACGAUCGUAUCCACGGCACAUCCGAGAGCUACUGGAUCUGGGUCGAGAACUCGGAUACACUCGAGAUCUACCACUCCGAGUACUUCAUUCUCAGUCGCAGGAAGCUACACGAUGAUCACGAACUCAACUUUACUAUCCCGCUGGCGGAUCCGCUGCCGUCGCAGAUCUAUGUCCGUGCCAUAUCAGAUCGGUGGUUGGGCGCGGAAACGGUUGAGGCCGUGUCGUUCCAGCACCUAAUCAGGCCCGAUACCGAGGCUGUGUACACUCCGCUGCUGAAUCUGCAGCCGCUUCCGAUCACGGCUCUAAAGGAUCCGAGGCUUGAGAAGAUCUAUGGUGAGAGAUUCAAGUACUUCAACCCUAUGCAGACUCAGAUCUUCCACACGCUCUACCACACCCCUGCCAAUGUGUUGCUUGGAUCUCCCACUGGUAGUGGAAAGACCAUCGCCUGUGAGCUCGCCAUGUGGUGGACAUUCCGCGAGAAGCCCGGAUCGAAAGUCGUCUACAUUGCGCCAAUGAAAGCUCUGGUCCGCGAGCGAGUCAAAGACUGGGGCAAACGUCUCACCAAGCAGAUGGGGCUCAAGUUGGUGGAACUGACGGGUGACAAUACGCCCGAUACCAGGACCAUCAGGGACGCGGAUAUCAUCAUCACCACACCCGAGAAGUGGGAUGGUAUCUCGAGAAGCUGGCAGACCAGGAGCUAUGUGAGGAAGGUGGCGCUGGUGAUUAUCGACGAGAUCCAUCUGCUUGGUGGCGACCGUGGUCCGAUCCUCGAGAUUAUCGUGUCCCGGAUGAACUAUAUCGCCUCGCAAUCGGAUACUUCCGUCAGGUUGAUGGGCAUGUCCACCGCGUGCGCGAACGCUUCGGACCUCGCGAAUUGGCUCGGUGUCAAGGAAGGACUGUACAACUUUAGGCACUCGGUCCGUCCCGUGCCGCUGGAGAUCUAUAUCGACGGGUUCCCCGAGCAGACCGGGUUCUGUCCGUUGAUGCAGAGCAUGAAUCGGCCCGCCUUUCUAGCCAUCAAGAAUCACUCGCCGACCAAACCAGUAAUCAUCUUCGUCGCGUCUCGACGGCAGACGAGACUUACGGCGAAGGAUCUGACCAAUUUCUGUGGAAUGGAAGAUAAUCCCAGGAGGUUUUUGGGUAUGGAGGAGGAUGAACUGCAGGGUAUUCUGACGAAGAUCAAGGACGACAGUCUGAAGGAGGCGGUACAAUUCGGCAUUGGUUUGCAUCAUGCAGGUCUCGUUGAGGCCGACCGUCAGAUCGUCGAGGAACUCUUUACGUUUAACAAGAUCCAAGUACUGGUCGCCACUGCGACACUUGCCUGGGGUGUCAACCUUCCCGCGCAUCUGGUCAUAGUCAAGGGCACGCAGUUCUUUGAUGCGAAGGUGGAGGGAUACCGUGAUAUGGAUCUCACGGAUGUGCUACAGAUGCUGGGUCGUGCGGGACGUCCGCAGUUCGACACGUCCGGUAUCGCGAGGAUCUUCACGCAGGACUCGAAGAAGAGCUUUUACAAGUACUUUUUGCACACGGGUUUCCCGGUCGAGAGCAGUCUUCACAAAGUUGUCGAUGACCAUCUGGGUGCCGAGGUCUCUGCUGGUACCAUCGCGACCAAGCAAGACGCUCUGGACUACUUGACGUGGACGUUCUUCUUCCGGCGACUGCACAAGAAUCCGACGUACUACGGCCUCGACAUCCCCGCCGAAGAGCAGGAUUCGCUCAGUGCCCAGGAGGAGGCUAACAAUUUCAUGGUCGACAUCGUGGACACGAGCAUGAGCGAGCUGACAAAGUCCGGCUGCGUGAUAACCCACUCCAAUGGCGACGUCGACUCGACGCCGCUGGGGAAGAUUGCGUCCUACUACUACCUCUCGCACAAAACGAUGCGCAGUCUGCUCAAGCACGCCAAGCGCAAUGCCACACUCGCCGACGCACUGAAGUGGAUGAGUACAGCAACCGAAUACAACGAGCUCCCCGUACGACACAACGAAGACCUAGUCAACAUCGAGCUCUCGAAAGCACUCCCCGUCUCGGCCAACUCGUUCGGUGUGCCGAUGUGGGAUCCCCAUGUCAAAGCGUUUCUCCUCAUCCAGGCGUUCAUGUCGCGCCUAGAACUGCCGAUUGCGGAUUACAUCACGGAUCAGAACUCGGUUCUCGAUCAGGCGAUACGGAUCAUGCAGGCAUCCAUCGACGUGCUCACGGAACUGGGAUUCCUAAGUUCCGUCCGGACGAUGAUCAACCUGAUGCAGUGUAUCAAACAAGCGCGCUGGCUCGACGACGGACCGCUUGCGCAGCUGCCCGGCGUGGACGUCAAGCUGGCGAAGACUGAGGCCGAGAAGACCACUCUGGCCGACGUCGCAUCCAUGUCCAACCAGGAUCUGGAAUCUCUCGCCCGUCGGCUAGGCGUGCGGAGAAUUGACGAAGUAGGUCCCAUCGAGUGUCUGACAUAUAUCACCCGUGCCCCGGCUCGCCAGAAAAUAUCUCCCACACUGACAUGCUGCAGUUCACCCGCGUGUGCACCACCGCUCUUCCGCAACUCGAGCUGAACACCAAUACCACUAAGCCGAACACUACCUCUAAGCCAAGUACGGGCACGCCGCUGAGCCUGACCCUCACCCGCCGCAACUCGCGCUGGCACCCCACCCGCAUGCACGCCCCACGCUUCCCAAAGUCGCAGACGGAGGGGUUCUUCGUGCUCGCGGGCGACAAAGACAGCGACGAGAUAUUCGCGCUCAAGCGCGUUUCGUGGCCCACCAACAACUCCGGCAACUCCGGCAACCAGCGGGGAAAGGCCGCGGGCAGAGUGAGCGUCAAUGUCACCCUGGAGCUGCCGCCCGAGGCGAAGCAGAGGAAAGGCUUGUAUGUCUACGCCAUCAGCGAUGGCUACAUCGGUGUCGAGGCCGAGAGGUUUGUGGGCGACACGGUCGGCGCGGAGGGCUGGGUUAAGGAGGGGAGUAAGGAGUGGGGUGCCGCUGUG